AUGACAACAGCUGAGCCAAUGGACGUUGACGAAACGAGCGAAGUUCCCGAAGCUGCGGGUUUUAAUCGUGGGUACGAUGAGCGCUUACUUGGUGAUGCAGAGGAUCAUGAUCGACUGCCGAGUCCUAAUGAGUCGAAGCUGGCCAGGGAGCGAAGGGCAUCUUCUAAGGACUUCGCACUGAAGGAGCGCUCACAGACUAGACGCCACAACUUGGAUGACCAGCGAGCUGGAGGUCAAAAAAGCCGUGCCUUCGAGCGUUUGAUGAGCGUGCGAAAUAACAAGCUGGCCAAGGAGAAGAAUUCCAAGGACAGUGUGGGGCAGACGGAGGUCAUUCCUAAAAUAAAACUGAAGGCCUCGGAAAUAUACUCGGACGACUCAUCCACCAGCAGUGAGGUGGACGAUCCGCAGGAGGCAGCUGGAGAUGAGCCAUGUGUGACCACCCGGGAGGAGCUGAGUCGGGCUGUAAUAACACGAAAGAGACUGUUGGACAUUCUGGACACACCGAUUCUCAAAGAGACUGCUGUCGGUUGCUUUGUGCGGCAGAAUGUUGGCCAGUGCUAUAGUGUCUACCAGAUCGAGGAUUUGCUUCCGAGCGAUCAAGAUUACCAGGUGGAUGGUAAGCGGACAAACAUGAUUAUGAGCCUAAAGUGCGGCUCUGAAAGGCGUACUGGCCGGAUGGAUGUGGUUUCCAAUCAGCCAAUUGAAUCGAAGGAGUUCUUCCUGUGGUUGGCAGCCCAUAAGCGCGAUAACCACCUCUUGCCAACACUUGUUGACGUCGCCAAGAAGCAGCGUGAUUUAAAGAAGGCCUCGGAGUAUUCAUUCACCGAAGCUGACGUCGAAAAGAUGAUACAAACCAAGGGGACAGUGGGGCAGAAGCAAAGAGCCGCCUAUAAAAAAGUAUGCCUCAUAACGGAACGGGAUAUGGCGGUGGGUAUGAACGAUGUGGAGAAAGUGGACAGAUUGGAGCAAGAAAUCCGGGAGAUAGACGAGCAGCGCAGUGCCCAGGCUGACAAUCCCCGCGAGCAUCGGAAACAGCUCCCUAGUUCAUCGCACGUUGCCCAUGUGCCCACCAUUUACCGUCACGAUUCGGUUGCGCCUUCCGGCCGCAAAAGAUUCAUUGCGGAUCGGGCCCCCAAGUCGGGGGUAAUCGAGCUGGAGCAGUACAUGCGACGGAAGUAUAAAAAAAGUGCCGUCGUCAGCCGUAGCCGAGUGGCAGAUGAAACUGAAGAUUGGGAGCCAGUCAACGAAAUUCCGAUCGAAGAAGACCAAAACAAUGAGGUCGAGAACGAGGACGAGGAGGAUGAAGUGGACUUGUUUAAGUUGAAUGAUUUCCAAAUUGAUCUGGAUUUAUCCGGACUAGUUCCCCUCCAUGAAUUAUUUCCGGGUACCCCGCAUGCAAGGUUCGAAGGCCCUUGGGACGUGAUAAUGAGGGACUUCUAA